GUAGGGGGCGAGGGGAAUGAUGGUGGUAGGGGUUGUGUGUGUGACUGCAGGACAUUCGUUCGUUUCAUUAGUUGAGAUGAUUCACGGAUAUGGGAUGAAGUCCCCCUGCACAAGGAUGAGAGAGGCGCAAAUCGAAGUUGCAAUUGUGGGAAGUGCACCCGAUAGGCCGAAAAACAGCGCACCGGCCUGAUGGGCCGGAGCGAGGAAGGAGCAGCAGCGGGAGCAGCAAGAGGGGCAGGCACGAAGGGUGGAGGAAAGGUGGAGGGAGUGAGGGAGGGCGGAAGGGAGGGAGAGAAUCGAGGAGAGGGAGAGGAGAAGUGUGGAGAUCCGGUUCUAGAGAUGUUGUCAGAAGGAAAGCUGGUCGUGUGGGUGCUGGCAUUAUUCUUGCCAGCUACGCUGCUCUUUAACGUUUUCGUGCCUAAUCCCUAUAUGGAUGAAAUCUUUCAUGUUCCACAGGAGAGGGAAGAGGAGUGUCGUCGCAAAGCUGAGAGGAAGUACGGACCCCUCUUGAGAGUCUUACUGACACCCUCAUCCUCCAUCAUGGCAUCUGCAGCAGAUUGGAAACUGCAAAUGGACACUGCCCCUGAGGCAGAAAAACCGCAGUAUCAGUUCUUCUACGAGAAAGCCUUGAAGAGGGAGGAGGAAGAGAAAGAGAGAGAGAGAAAGGAUAAGGUGCAGGCUCACGAGGCCGUCCUUAGCACCGUGUCCGCUCUGACUGAUGAGGAGGUAGAAGAGAAAACGGUUCCCCUCCUCAGAGACUUAGCAGGGGUUAGGGUUGCUGAGGACCAUACUGGCCAACUCGCACAGGUGUUUAAGCAGCUCAAGGAGUUGCGCGAAGACAUGGCCAAGAUGGCGCAGCAGCACCGCGAUCAGCUGCAACAGUUUGCUAGUUCGCAGCAGGCUCAAAUCGUCUCUUCACUCACCUACCCUGCCUCCAAUGCUGCGUGUCAGUCCAGUUUUGCUCCUCUGACUACGUCUACUUCUUCUCCUUCUACUUCUUCUUCUUCUUUGAGUGUGGUUAACAGCCAAAGUGGAUCUGCAGCAGGUCCAGACCCCGCUGCUGCUGCUGCUGCUGCUGCCGCAGCGGCAAGUGGUGGUGCAGGGACUUUUGGAACUGUUGCAGCCCCGGGCCCGGACCCAGCAAUGGCUGGGCCAGGCGGCAGCUUUGCUUACAUCGACAGGAAGGCGGCGCAGAUUCCGUCCAAGUAUGACGGAAAGGACGACGUCGAGUCUUGGAUCAGCUCCAUGCGAUCCUACUUUGACGUGUUGGGGACACCCCCGUCCACUCAGUCGUCUAUCCUAGGGACCAAUGUGGAGCCCGUCGUGAGAGGUUUCUUGGAAACCCAAGCUGUCCAAUCAGGCUAUAAGAGAAUAGACCUGAACAAAUGGUUGAAGGUUACGCCUACUGCCGCAUUUGAGGAUCUCUUGAUUAAACAAUACGCUGAUCCACAUGCUGCAGCUAAAGCAAGACUCAAGCUUGAUAAACUCAAGCACAUCAAGUGGACCGGCACCAUGCACAUUCUGCAGCAGUAUGUGAGUAAACUCUUUGCUACUCCGGAUCUGGAGAUGACUGCGCAGUCCUGUUUGGAUGUGAUAAAAGGAACAGUCCCCUCUACUCUAAAAGAUCGCCUAGGGCUCGGGCUCAGCGGAUAUACAGAUUGGCUUACCCGCAUGCUUGACUUAGUCAAGCUGGAGGCACAAGACCUCCCGGGUGGAUCAAGUGGCAAAAAGGCCACCAGCCGCAAACGGUUUUCAGGCAGCAACCGUUUUGCAACACAUGAUCUGCUUGAGGCUGAAGAGGAGACCCUCGUAGAUGAAUCUUCUCUUGAUGACGAUCAAGCGCAAGACUGCGGGGCAUCUUGCUCUUUGUCAGCCCAUGAGUCUGAGUAUGUGAAUGAUGAAGAAUCCAUGAAUGCCUUUAAGAAGACUGCCUUUAAGAGUGGUUGCAAAGUCUUCAGCAAGAUUGAUCUCAAGUAUGGCUACCACCAGAUUGAGGUCGAACCUGCAGAACAACACAAAACUGCAUUCAAAACUCGCGAUGGGCUGUAUGAGUUUACAGUUAUGCCCUUCGGUCUCACGAAUGCACCAGCCACCUUUCAAAGUCUCAUGGACAAAGUGUUUCGCAAUCAGAUCAACCGAUUUGUUGUUGUAUAUCUGCAUGACAUUCUUAUCUUCAACAAAUCAAUGGAGGAGCACAUGAGACACCUUGAGGAAGUGAUGCAGAUCCUCAAGGACGCGCAACUCCAUCUCAACUUGGAGAAAUCUGAGUUUGGGAGGGACAGCGUCAUCUACCUUGGACAUCGGUUGUCUGCUGCAGGCCUAGAGCCCGAGGCAACCAAGGUUGAGUUUGCUGUGGAGGCGAUUCUCAUCCGUCAAACGAACGCUGUCUGGGUAGUGUUCACUGUCUGUGUAGCAGUGAUCUCCUUGCUCAGUCAGCCGCCAAAUCAAUGGUUGAGAGGGCAGGAGGAGAGAGGAGCAAAAGAACCCUUGACAGAGGGUAAGAAGAUUGCAGAUGAUGUGCGGUCGACGGAAGUGCUGUCUGCUGAUGACAAAGGAAAUCUUCGCAAGCGGGUCGGUGAAGAUGCAAAAGACAUAAGGUCACCACAAGAAGAGCGACCAGACAGCGAGAUGAAGUGGAAACAGCGCCGAGAGGAGCCAGACAUCAUUAAGGCGCUUGCAAUGCUUGUUGCGGACACGUGGAAUCGGUUGGGUGAGGUGCUAUGGAGUAUUGCCCCUCUUCUGGUGGUGCUGAUGGGUUGUGCUGCGUUCUUCAUUUGGAAUGGUGGCAUUGUUGUCGGGGCAAAGGAGGCACAUCAAGUAUCACUCCAUUUGGUGCAGAUAUUGUACUUCGGAGCAUUUUCAGUGUUUAUGCUUGCUCCUGUUCACUUGAGCCCAGAGCAUAUCCAGGUGUUGUUGAAGAAGGCUGCACAGGGUAUGAGGAAGCCUUUGAAAGUAGGGGUUCCCCUUCUUGUCUUUGCUGUCGCAGCAUUGGCGUGUGUGCACUGGGGAAGCAUUGCACAUCCGUACCUCCUUGCAGACAACAGGCACUACCCUUUCUACCUUUGGCGGUGGGUGAUUGCAAGAACCUCCUUUUCCAAGUACUGCUUAGUUCCAAUCUACCUUGUCGCCUGGAUCUCGAUCUUCACCAAGCUUGGGGAGCAGCAAAGCCAGUUGUGGAUCUUCUUCUAUGUCUGCGCCACUAUGGCCGUGCUCAUUCCGUCACCGCUGAUUGAGUUCCGGUAUUUCAUCAUUCCAUUUCUGCUUCAAGCGCUUCACACGCCUAUUUUGGCGGAGAAAAGCCAUGCAACCUGGACCUGCACUUUUGUCCAAUACAUGCUCAUCAACAUCCUCACUGCAUAUAUAUUCCUCUUCAGGCCGUUCUCAUGGGCUCAUGAGGCUGGGGUACAAAGGUUUAUGUGGUAAACGCCAGCUGUCAUUACCAUCUUCCCGCAAUGUUCUCCGUAAAUGUUUUGUGCCACAAUUUCCUCCCUAAAUGUUUUGUACGAUAACUUAGAUUUUCCUUCUUGUUGCCUUUUGUACCGCCCUGCGUUCAUAAUCGCUGGAAAUGGGGUCUGUUUGCAAAUUUCAAAUUUGUCAUUACCAUCUCCCCGCGAUUUUCUCUGGAAAUGUUUUGUUACUUUUGUACGAUAACUUAUAUUUUUUCCUUCUUGUUGCCUUUUGCACCGCCCUGCUUUCAUACUCGCUGGAAAUGGUGUCUGUUUGUGGAUGAUGUUCUGCAGCUCAACAUCACGCCGGCAUAUCGGGUCUUAAUAACUCACAAGAGUCGUAAGUCAUAUGCUACCGUCUUCACCGGAAUAGAACGAACACAUGGUCAUUAUCGCUGUAUAGUCUGUAUGUUGACGGGGAGUCACCCCAAAAAAUACAGCUGUGAAGAUCGUAGUGUGUUAAGAUAUUCACACGAUAAUGCAUUUUAUGU